AUGGGCGAGUUCACGCCAGAAGGGCAAGCUGAAGUUCACUCUGCGCAAGGAUUUCAGAGCAGACCACAGUAUGGGCAGAGCUAUAAUCAAGGGCAACAAAAUUUCAAUGGUGGCUGGAGAGGACAGCAGCCUUAUGCACCGCAGCAAAAUUUUCCCCAACAAUAUCCCCCGAGGUAUCAGCAGCAAGGGAACUUUCAGUGCCAUCAACAAUUUCAGAAUGCUCCACAGCUUCAACAUCCGAUGCCACCGCAAAAACAGUCUCUGGAGGUGACUAUGCAGGCUUUAAUGGAGGUUAGCAAGCAGAACAUGGAGUCUCAGGCUGCCACUAUCAAACGCCUCGAGACAACUAUGGGGCAGCUGUCGGGAACCUUGAACCAAUUGCAUCAGCAGCAGUCCGGGAAAACAAAUCAGGCGCUCGCUAUUACAAGGAUGUCAGAACAGACAAGGAGGCCAGCUCAGAGCUGA